AUGAAAGUCGAACCACAAAGUGAUGAAAUGAGCCCCCAUCAUCGGCGGGGGCUUCUCCAGGACCAAACACGUAGUCUGAACAUCCCAGGGAAGAAUUCGUUGAAGAAGCCAGUCAACCGAGCCACUACGAAAUCAAUUUAUUGUCACCUCCAGCUAACGGAAACUCAGGAGGUCCAAAAUCCACCUCGCAAACGGAUGGCACGCCUUAGUGUGCGCGCAGAAGGCUGCAUUGAAAACAACCGAUGA